UGCUGCCGCUGUGUACAUAGAGGCGAAAAGACAGAGCUUGGCGUUAUCUCAACAAGUCUCUUAAAAGCGGAAAACAGCCUCUAAAAGAGUUGAAGGUGUCUGUGUUCAGAAACCUGGGCAGUUUAUAAAAAUAAUAUAUCCCCACCCAAUUUGGCGUGAAAUCCCUCGGAGAGGAAUCCCAGCAGAUAUAGAGAGGCUGUGAACUUAGCCCACCUUCAGCAACGUGACCACAAGCUCCAGCCCCGCACCCUAGUUCUCUUUGUGCUGUGCCAUAGGAUGUCCCGCAGCCCGGAGGUGAAGGACGACCCCAUGGAGUGCCCCCUGUGCAUGGAGCCCCUGGAGAUUGACGAUGUCAACUUCUUCCCCUGCACCUGUGGCUAUCAGAUCUGCCGCUUCUGCUGGCAUCGCAUACGCACAGAUGAGAACGGCCUCUGCCCUGCCUGCAGAAAGCCCUACCCCGAGGAUCCAGCAGUGUACAAGCCUCUGUCCCAGGAGGAACUGCAACGGAUAAAAAAUGAGAAGAAACAGAAGCAAAACGAGCGGAAACAGAAGAUCACUGAGAAUCGUAAGCACCUGGCCAGCGUUCGUGUUGUCCAGAGGAACCUGGUGUUUGUGGUGGGACUGUCACAGAGGCUCGCUGACCCAGAGGUCCUAAAGAGGCCAGAGUAUUUUGGCAAAUUUGGGAAGAUCCAUAAAGUGGUAAUCAAUAACAGCACGUCAUACGCUGGUUCACAGGGUCCGAGUGCCAGUGCAUAUGUCACUUAUAUCCGGUCGGAGGAUGCCCUUCGAGCUAUACAGUGUGUAAACAAUGUAGUCGUUGAUGGCAGAACACUGAAGGCCUCUUUAGGUACAACAAAAUACUGCAGUUACUUUCUAAAAAGCAUGCAGUGCCCCAAACCAGACUGUAUGUAUUUACAUGAGCUGGGAGAUGAGGCGGCUAGUUUCACAAAGGAAGAAAUGCAGGCUGGGAAACAUCAAGAAUAUGAACAGAAACUUCUGCAGGAGCUCUACAAAAUGAACCCGAACUUCUUACAGACCUCAACAGGGGGAGGAGACAAGACAAAAGGCAAAUCCAAUUCUGUGCAAAGGCCCAACAGUAACAACAAAGAUGCUUGGCCGUCGUUACAACCCACAGGGAAGACAGCCAACGGGCUUUCAGAACACCGCAAGACUCCGCCUUUGGAUGGCGGCUCAGACUCUGAACACAUGACCCCAGAUGGGCCGGACUCAGACCUGGGCUUGGGCCCAAUCACCACACUCUCCCCCUUCUCUUCAAACUGUGACCCCACCAGCCCUAGUGACAAAGCUCCCGAAGCCAUCAGUAUAGGAAACGGAGAAACACCACAACAGAUCCCUUGCCCCAGUGACUCGCCAUCGCCGCCUCCUGGCCUGACCAAACACUGUUUGGUGGCCCCCAUCAGUGUAGCAGAGCUCCCCGCACGCUCGCCAUUUGAAGGAGCAGCAGCUGAGUCGCAGUCGCUCUUCUCAGACAACAGUAAUUUCAGACACCCCAACCCUAUUCCCAGUGGCCUUCCUGGCUUUCCCAGCUCCCCUCACAACAACAACACAGACUGGCCCACAGCCCCUGAACCACAGAGCCUCUUCACCUCAGAUACUAUACCAGUGUCGUCCUCCACUGACUGGCAAGCGGCCUUUGGCUUCGGCUCGUCUUCCAAGCAGGAGGAUGACUUGGGAUUCGACCCGUUCGACAUCACUCGAAAGGCUCUGGCCGACCUUAUCGAAAAGGAGCUCUCCGUGCAGGACAAAGCCUCAUUGUCUUCAACCGCAGGGCUCCCCCAAGGACCCCUGCAUAGCUCACUCCACGGCCCACCCUCCUCUUCCUCCUUGAUUGGCAAAUCAUCCCUACUACCCCCUGUGGGGUCUUCACACUUCCCGCCGAACUCUGGGUUACCGCGGGGCUUCUCUCAGCUGCAGCAUCGGGCCAUCUACAGCUCUUUCAGUUUCCCCGGCCAGACACAGGCCUCCCGCCACCCGUGGCUGGCCAUGCCCCCACGCAAUAACCUCACACACUUGAACCACACGGCCAACCCCGGGCCGGCCGUCACAUCCCCCGCUGCUCAGCACAGCGGCUUCUUGGACUUGAGUUUGCCACCACAGCACCACCCCAGCACAGGACUAGGAGGCAUAUCCAUCACAGAAAACAGCAGCACAGUAGAGAGUAUAAACGUGAAAGAGUGGCAGGACGGCCUGCGAGCGCUUCUCCCUAACAUUAACAUCAAUUUCGGCGGGGUGCAAAAUUCCUCAUCUUCCUCCUCUUCCUCGUCAUCGUCCUCCAGUGUGAACCACACAGGGGUGGGAGCCAGUUCAGGGGGGAUGACACACAGCCUGAGCUGGGACGGCACGGCCAGCUGGAUGGACCCUGCCAUCAUCACGGGUAUCCCAGCGUCCUCGGGAAACAGUCUGGACUCUCUCCAGGAUGAGAAUCCUCCCCAUUGGCUCAAGUCCCUGCAGGCCCUCACAGAGAUGGAUGCCCCCUCCAGCUCCACAGCACCUCUUCAGUCCCUUCACAGUGGGCCCUUUGGGGCCCAGGUCCCUCUACACAGAGCCAGCUGGGCCCCAUAUGGUUCCCAGGCCCCAACCAAUCCCAUAAGCCAAUUUCACUCACCUCCCCCUGGCUUCCAGACCGCCUUCAGACCCCCAGCGCAGGCAGCCACAGACCUGCUACAGAGUGCUGCCUUGGACCGCCACUAGGGACAGUAAAAUGUAUACCCCGCCCUUUACCAUGUCAAAACCCGACAGAAUCACACACACUCACAAAAAGCAAAUCAGCGCAGAAUACAAAACUAUUAACAAAGUAAUAACAAGAUUAUAUAUUCUUUUUUUUCUUCCUCCUUCUGAUCGUUUAAGCUCAUUUUAUUUCUUUCUUAGUUUGGUUUCUGUUGGUUUAAUUUUUUUUGUUGUUGUUGGCCAAGCACUCUAUCCCAGCCCUGCCUUUUUAAGCCCACUGGAUCCCUGAUGAUGUCAUGAACACAGUAAUGAACGAAGAAACACAAGUUUUAAUAAAAGCCUUUCAUAAUGAACAUUGAGAAAUAUUCUAGCAUGGAUGUGGAUUGUGGUUGGUUAUGCAGAAACUGUAGCUCUGACAGUACUUGAAAGUGUUCGUUUUUUUUAUUCAAAUGAAGUGCAGGACAAAGGAAAUCAGAGAAUUCUGUGGAAAGAGAAUGAUGUGUGUUUUAAAAUGGCAGAACUGGUACAAGAAAUGAAUAACAAGACUGCCUUCAAAGCUAUACCAAAAAGACCAGCUCUUGUUCUCCAUUUGUCUGCAGGAUGGAGGGGCUGCCUCCUGCUUGCCCCUAAGGUUCUGAAUAGGUUGACGUCUGUCAGAAAAACCAUGGCCUCGAUACUUUGAUUACUAGAGUACUUGACUUCUGUGAUUUUUGAUGGAUCAAAAGCGUGAUAGGGACAGAACUAAAAGCAGAGGCAUUUACGCCAAGGUUGAUUGGAGUUUAAUUCUUAUGUUCCGCUUGUCCACGCUCCUGUUAAAGGAGAGCAGUGGUUUAAAGUCCUAAGUGUUGUUCUUGCAUGGAUACAGUUAUCAGGAGCUGUAACUCUGAAGAGGUUGGGCCUGCCCCAUACCAUACUCCUUUGUGGAUGCAGCUUUUCAGGAGGCAUGCCCUUACCUAGUAACUUCCCACCGACUGAGCGACAGGUGGGUCCUCCACUGUUAUUGCGCCACUGUAGUUAACCUCUGUAUCAGAGGGCAGUGCACAGCAAAAGCGAAGAAGGGUGUCUCCACAUAUUGAGGAGCAGAGGCACACGAUGUGUGACUCUUUGAAAACGUAGGGCAGGUUUUAGGUUGCAUGGGGUGCCACUGUGUGGUGCCUGUCAUAGCUGCUCUGGCCCAUAGGGUAUACCCAGACAGGCAGAGCUGGUACAGGACACAAAGUGCUGGCCAAGCCUUAUCGAGAUGUACUCUUGGGCUGCAUACCCUCAGGAAACAAGAUGAGUACGAACAUAAGGUCCAAGGCAAUACAGAUAAGAGAUGAAUGCAACCAGAGGUUGAGGAUUGCUUUGAGCGAACACCAUACAUAAACACUCUUUCAAUGUUCAAGGCUUUACUCUCUGUCCCAAGCACCAGAGAGAGGCACCUCAGUCGACGUUUGGUUAGUUCUUGACAUCAGUGAAGUAAAUAACUGGUUGAAUGGUUACAAAGAAAAAAAAAUGACGCCGUGGGUGUUCCUUUUUAAUCUAUAUUUGGCAUCUUUGCAGGAAAUCAUUUGAUAUUUGUUUAAAAGAAAAGAAAAUACCACCGGAGAGGUUGUGUUUGGCAGACACAAUCAUGCUAUUUGUAUUUGUCCCAGUUUCUUUUUCUCAGUCUCAGUCUCUUGCUGGCUUGUUGGAGUGAUUGAUUGGCUAUUGUCAUGUAGGUUGUGAAUGCUGGGAUAGCUGUGCUUGAAGCAACAAAAGUACACAGCAAUGCACAGAUUCUCAUACAGAGACCUCGUAACCCCACCAGACACUCUCCCCACCCCUCCUUCUCCGUUUUCUUUUAACAGUCUUAUUCCUCUAUCAACUGUGUAGGUUCCUGGCAACUGUUAAGUAUUUCAACAGUAUUCAAAAGGAAUAAGUGAAUUAAAGUUCAAGAAGAAACCAAUACUGUUUAACCAUGGGUUUUACACAAUGCUAAACUAUAAGAAAGUUUAAAAUGAAGAGCUAAAGGAAUUGUACCUUCUCUACAGGUCUGG